UGGAGCCUGUGCUUUGCGGAUCUACAGACUUCGCUCGGAGGUUUCGACCACCGAGCUAGUAUCGGUGUGCUCUUCUAAAUAUAACUCCGUCGGAACCUUCUACGGAUAGACGGGAAAGAUCAAGGCGUAAAUUCACGAUCCGGUGGUAAGGUGAUCCACUCCCAAGGGUGGCUCGUCAGUCCAUUCACAUUCCGACAGUCGAGACAUCUGCACUCUGUGCAGCUGGCCAUACGAUCAACGACCGAGUGCUCCGUCGCCGGCGCAGGCACCUACAGCGGCGUGAGCACAACGAGGGAUCUCCGCGCUUCGUGCAAGCGAACCCAGAAGAAACCGAAGAGCGUGGAGAACUUCGGCGAUAGUUUCAGUCGUCGGCUGACCGCGAUCGGUGUAAGAUGGAUCUCAACGAAUACCGCAAAAGAGCGAAAGAGAUGGUCGACAUUAUUGCGGAUUACCUCGAAACCGUCGGCGAACGUCGAGUUUUCCCCGAUGUGAAGCCAGGCUACAUGUUGGAUCUCGUGCCUGAGGACGCACCAACUUCAGCCGAUGAGUGGGACAGCGUCAUCCACGACAUUUAUAAUGUCAUCAUUCCCGGGCUCACCCAUUGGCAGAGUCCCCACAUGCACGCCUACUUCCCAGCGUUGAACUGUCCGGCGUCAUUAUUGGGAGAUAUGCUAGCGGAUGGCCUAAAUUGUCUCGGAUUCACCUGGGCCUCCUCUCCAGCGGUGACCGAACUCGAGGUCAUCGUGAUGGAUUGGCUGGCGAAGAUGCUCGGACUCCCCAAAUGUUUCCUCCAUUCAAAUGAAACCGGAGGCGGUGGAGUCAUACAGACUACAGCCAGCGAGGCAACUUUAUGCUCACUGUUGGCCGCCCGGAGUGAAAUGCUCCGGAAGGAACGUUCGCGAAGCAAACUUGCCACAGAGGAUUGGCAAAUCAUGGGCAAAUUAGUCGCCUACUGCUCAGACCAAGCGCAUUCGUCUGUCGAGAAAGCGGGUCUCAUAGGUCAGAGCCUCGUGAAGAUAAGCUACGUCGAAUGCGAUGACGAAUACUCAAUGAGAGGUUCAGUGCUCCAAGAGAUGAUCGAGCGUGACAGGCAAGCGGGUCUGAUACCGUUCUUCGUUUGUGCUACCUUGGGAACGACGGGAUCUUGCUCAUUCGACGACCUCGAAGUUAUAGGGCACAUCUGUCGCGAGAAUGAUCUGUGGCUUCAUGUGGACGCCGCUUACGCCGGAACUGCAUUUAUCUGUCCCGAGUACCGCGAAUGGCUGAGAGGGGUGGAAUUCGCGAAUACGUUCGCCUUCAAUCCGUCAAAAUGGAUGAUGGUUCAUUUCGACUGUUGUGCGAUGUGGGUCCAAGAUUCGAGAGCUCUCCAUCGGACAUUCAACGUCGAUCCUUUGUAUCUCCAGCACGAAAAUACCGGUCUCGCGGUCGACUACAUGCAUUGGCAAAUCCCCCUCUCGCGAAGAUUCCGUAGCCUGAAGCUGUGGUUCGUCAUCCGUCUUCACGGCGUCUCUGGCCUCCAGACUCACGUUCGGCGUGGUGUUCACCUCGCGAAGUAUUUCGAGGAUCUCGUCUCCGUCGAUCAGAGAUUUGAGAUCCCUGCGAAGCGUCACCUCGGCAUGGUCGUUUUCAGACUCCGUGGAGCGAACAUAUUGACAGAGAUGCUCCUGAAGAAGCUGAAUUCCUCGGGGCGUAUCCAUUGCGUUCCGGCAUCGCUUCGGGGCAUCUAUGUUAUUCGUUUCACCGUCACGUCGGCGAGAACUUCCGAGGAGGAUAUACACAAUGACUGGAAACUUAUAAAAGCCACAGCAGAUACGGUCCUUGCCGGCUCAAGGCCGCGGAUCAAACUCGCGGAUAUCAAGGAACAAGCUCCCGAGUUCGGCUCGUCCUUGCUGCUAGUCAACACUCCAAUGACUCCAAAGGUGAUCGACGGAAGUUUCGCGGCACUCUUCGAGCAACUCAGUCCGGGGGUGCAGAACGCCGUGCAGAAAUGGUUCGGUAAUGCCAAAAAGCAAACUGCUGCUAUGGACCGAUUGGAGGUUUCUAGAUCUCCUAGAUCUCCGAGAUCGACGAAAGCUAUCCUCGAAGAACGUGAUGAGAGGAAUUGAUCCCCAGCCGUCCGAAUCGCCUCUCAUAAUCCACAAUCUGAUGCGUUCACCGAAUCUCUCCGGAGCCCAUGCUCUGAAUU